AUGGAGCGUGGCGGCGGCUGCGGGGCCGGCGCGGGGACCGAGGGGGCUGCGCGGGGAUCCCCCCUCCCCGGGAGGCUGGCCGAGUCGGGCGCUGUGCGGACCUCGCCGCCCAACCACCGGCCUUCAGGCAUGGAUGGAUUUUUAAGAUCCGAUGAGAGACAAAGACUAGCUAAAGAAAGACGAGAAGAGAGAGAAAAAUGUCUCGCCGCCCGGGAGCAGCAGAUCCUGGAGAAACAGAAAAGAGCUAAGCUCCAGUAUGAAAAGCAAAUUGAAGAGCGAUGGCGGAAACUGGAAGAGCAGAGGCAGCGGGAGGAUCAGAAGAGGGCUGCCGUGGAAGAGAAGAGGAAGCAGAGACUCCGGGAGGAGGAGGAGCGGCUGGAGGCGAUGAUGCGCCGCUCCCUGGAGCGCACACAGCAACUGGAGAUGAAGAAGAAGUGCUCGUGGGGAGCUUCCCUGGCCACGGGACCUGGCGGACGUGAUGGUUUAGCCUCCAGCACCCUUCCUCCGGACCCGGGGACCAGUGCCACCGCUGCCGAGUCUACCAACGCAUGUGACAAACUUUCAACAUCAACCAUGAAUUUGCCAAAGCAGACGGAGCCUCCCAUGAGUAAGCGCCUGUCUUCAUCCACCGUGGCAAUAUCCUAUUCCCCAGACCGAGCUCCUGCUGGCCCUCUUAAAGCUUCUUACAAGUCUUCUCCCACUCGGAGUGCUGAGAGGAAGAAGACUGCAUCUACAUCCGGAGUAGGAGAUUCUGGGAAAGGAGCGCCUGCAGGAGCGGAGGCCUCUCCGACAGAGAAGAUGAAGAGAGGCCCUCGAACAACAGCUUCCGUUCCCAGUGUGGGCCUUGGGUCUCCUCUGAGAAGAUGUGAGUUUCCAGGAAGCAUUUCUAAGCGAUCAUCUUCUCCAGUGACAUCCAAGACAACUUCGAAAGCAUAUCCACAGUCUCCAAAGAAUAUGAAGCCACCAUACCCAGGGUCGCCUGUGAAGUACCGCUCUCCCAACUUUCCCAGCCAGGAAACACCCAAGAGGAAAGCAGAGAAAGAGAAGAGCAAUAAGGAAAGGGAGGGUGCCCUGGCUCAGCAGGCAGCUGGCCUGCAUGGAGAGGACGCCCCAGAGAAGCACGUGGUGGACAAGCAUGUCACAGAGAAGCAUUUGGCCUCAGGAGGGAAGGUCGAGGGCAGUGGAGCAUCAGGGAAGCCCACGGCAGGCACCACUGAUGCAGGAGAGGCUGCGAAGAUCCUGGCUGAAAAGAGACGACAGGCCCGGUUGCAGAAGGAGCAGGAGGAGCAGGAACGGCUGGAGAAGGAAGAACAGGACAGGCUGGAGAGAGAGGAAUUGAAAAAAAAGGCAGAGGAGGAAAGACUUCACCUAGAAGAGGAAGCUCGUAAGCAGAAAGAGGAAAAGAAACGGCAGGAGGAGGAGGAAAAAAGAAAGGCAGAAGAGGAGGCCAAGAGGAAGGCCAAGGAGGAGCUGUUGUUAAAAGAAGAACAAGAAAAGGAAAAACAAGAAAAAGAAAAGCAAGAAAAAGCCAUGAUUGAAAAGCAGAAGGAAGCAGCAGAAGCAAAGGCUCAGGAGGCAGCUAAACAGAUGCGUCUAGAAAGAGAACAGAUCAUGCUGCAGAUUGAGCAGGAGCGACUGGAGAGGAAGAAGAGAAUAGAUGAAAUCAUGAAGAGAACAAGGAAGACUGAUGUGUCUCCAGAAGUGAAGAAAGAAGACCCAAAAGUAGAGCUUCAGUUGCCUGUGUGUGUGGAAAAUAAGACAAAACCAGUUGUCCCGAACAAAAUAGAAAUAAAUGGGCUGAACACCUGCCAGGAAGUUAAUGGUGUGGGGCGUACUGCCCCAGAAACUUUUCCUCGAGACAUUUUCUCUAAUGGGCUUAAACCAGUUGGAGGACUUGUUCAUCUGGACACCCUUGAUGGGAAAUCGAACAGUCUGGAUGACUCAACUGAAGAAGUUCAGUCUAUGGAUGUGAGUCCUGUUUCAAAGGAAGAGCUUAUCUCCAUCCCAGAAUUUUCACCUGUAAGUGAAAUGAUUCCUGGGAUGUCUCUGGACCAAAAUGGAACUGGUAAUGCCCGAGCACUUCAAGAUCUCUUAGAUUUCACCGGCCCACCCAUGUACCCCAAGCGAUCCAGUGAAAAUCUCAGUCUGGAUGACUGUAACAAAAACUUGAUUGAAGGAUUUAACAGUCCUGGCCAAGAAAAUACUCUGAACACCUUCUGUUGACAAAUACAUCUCUUUAAUGAAAGGUGGUGUUUGGAGAACCUGUGAAGCUGCUGGUAGUCAAAUCCAAGCUGCCGGUCCUCUGAAGAAGCUUCUGUUGUCCUAAAUCGCUGGAUUCCAAAUUAUUAGAUUAAAAUGUAACUGUAUCCCUACCUAGUUAGUAUGUCAAUCACUGGCCACUCUUGGUAGAAACCUUGAAACUUUGGCCAUAUUGGGCUUUAGCAAAGUUUCAUGUUACAGUUCUAUUUAUGAGCUUCAGCUGCUGAUAAAGUGCUUCCUAUACUACUUUAUUAUCAUAGUGAUCCUCUGAAUAACCCAGGUGAUUCUGUGUUGGAAAUUCACCUUAUAACCAUUCUUAUUCCCAAAGUUGGAGUGCAUAAACAUUUAGAUGUCUUUUCCUGUAAAUAUUCUAGACAUUGACCUAGACUCUACUUAAACAUACACUGAACUUGGGCUGCUUACCUCCCUGUCUGUGUUUAGAAGAAGAAAUUCCAGAGGGUUUUCCCCCUUUUCUGUGGUUUCUUUGUUGGAAGUUACUAUCAAGCUGUUGUUUAUUAUUAAGCUUAGCCACCUGCAAAAUGCACUGCCCCAUAGUACCCCUUGGGGGCUAACAACAAUAUUGUCUGGUUGAUUAAGAAAACUAUUAAGCAAUGUGGAAUGAUUUCUGUUCACGUAUGCAUUUUCUUAUAGACUUGGGCACCUGAAUCUGGCAAGGAUCUCGUCAUUGUUGCCCCUUAAAAUCUCCAAGCCAUCGAGUGGCUUUUGGACUGAAGGAAGUUUGAAUGAAUCGCGUGUCUCAUGCACAGGUGGUGGGUUUUCAUGUUGUUGCUAUUAUUUUUCUCUUGGAUCUUGGGGCCCUUGUUUGUUUGCUCCUGUGUUUGCUCAACUCUAAUGAAACCAGGCACAGAUGAAAGUGAUCGUGCUCUGGAACAAGGGGCCCCUGAACUGUACCCAACAUGUCACUUUAACAGACUUCAACAUAAAAAUAUUUGAACAAGGGACAAAAGACGCUAGAAUGUAUACUUCACGUGUUUUAUGCCAUAUAAUGUGUUUUCUUAAUUUCGUUUCUUGUGGUGAAAUGUGACUUUCAGAUUAAAAUGACCUUCUUUGAAACUUUUCUUUUGUUUGAAAGCUUCUCUGAAGCUCUUAUACAACAAAGAGUUUGGAAAAGAUCCGUAAUUCUGACUGAGGUUUGCAACCAGGAGACAAAAAGAAGUCUCAAUAGUAAUCUUGUUCAUGUGCUUUUAAAACCAGCUACAGUUUAAGACUUUAUUAGUUAUGGAAACUGUGUAUGUUUGUGUAUGUGUAUAUAUUAAAUAAAAUACAUGCCUCCAAUAA